AUGCUCUCUCGCUGGACAGUGCUGUGGUCACAUGACUCACUGAGGGGUUCAUUGGCCCUGGCUCACCCCAUGGAGGUCGCGUCCAGGGCUGCCUCCUGCUGCCCGCUGCUGAGGUUUCACUCUUUAAUUAAAGUGUUCCACAGUCGGCUGAGUCUGGCUGCAGACUGUCGAGUCCAGACGCCCCCCGAGCUGACCACACUGCUGAGACGUAACGAUACCGUAGCGCCGCGGAUCUUCGAGUGGUCCAGGAUAGCCGGCCCGCGUGGGUCGGUGGGCAGAGCCGUUCGUGACGGGGCCGGGGCGCGGCCAACAAGGGUCGCCCCUCUCCCAUCUCGCAACUCAUGCGGGCGGCUGGGAUGCCUGCCUCUGCUGGUGUGUGGACUUGGAGUCAGCAGCCUGACUCUGAGUCAGGAGAGGAGAGGACCCUGGGUGUUGGGCUUGGUGGAGAUAGUGGCGGUGGCGGUGGUGGGGAUGGAGGAAGCCAAGUCAGGCCAUGCCGGUGAUGUGACGGCCUGGCCUGGCUUCCUCAUCAUCCCCACCACCGCCUCUACCUCCACCAAGACCAACACCCAGGGAGAAUCCUCCUCUCCUGACUCAGAGUUAGCAUGCAGGAAUAACCUGGCAGAGGAAGGAGCCACACCACCCACCGUGCUAACCACACCGGGACAGCACGGUGGAGAGCCUAUGUCCCCUGUCCGUAUAGACGUCUAA